CUAGAACAGCCUAGAAAGAGGGACUCUUCCAUCUGGCCCCGCCCCCGCAGCCGCGGCCAAUCCUGGGGCCCACUGAUGGGGGCGUGUCUAAGGGCGGGGCCGGACAGGAGCGAGUGCGCCUGCGCGCGGCGUGGCCUUUUCACGUGUCCAGAGUCGGAGUGCGGGUUUCUCUUUGCUGCGGCGGCGGGACGGUGCAGACUGAGGUCGGGGCAGGAGCCAUGGCAGGACAGGCAUUUAGGAAGUUUCUCCCGCUGUUUGACCGAGUAUUAGUUGAAAGGAGCGCAGCCGAAACUGUCACCAAAGGCGGCAUUAUGCUUCCAGAAAAAUCUCAAGGCAAAGUACUGCAGGCAACUGUGGUAGCUGUGGGAUCCGGCUCUAAGGGAAAGGAUUUCUAUAAUUGGCCUGAUGAAUCAUUUGAUGAAAUGGACAGUACACUUGCUGUUCAGCAGUAUAUUCAGCAGAACAUAAGGGCAGACUGCUCCAAUAUUGACAAAAUCCUUGAACCACCUGAAGGCCAAGAUGAAGGGGUGUGGAAGUACGAACACCUGAGGCAGUUCUGCCUUGAACUAAAUGGACUUGCUGUUAAACUUCAGAGCGAAUGCCAUCCAGAUACUUGUACCCAGAUGACAGCAACUGAGCAAUGGAUUUUUCUUUGUGCUGCUCAUAAAACACCAAAAGAGUGCCCCGCCAUAGAUUACACCAGACACACGCUCGAUGGUGCUGCCUGCCUUCUCAAUAGCAAUAAAUAUUUUCCCAGCAGGGUUAGCAUAAAAGAGUCAUCUGUAGCAAAACUAGGAUCCGUAUGUCGUAGGAUUUACAGAAUAUUUUCACAUGCUUAUUUUCAUCACCGGCAGAUAUUUGAUGAAUAUGAAAAUGAAACAUUUUUAUGUCACCGGUUUACUAAAUUUGUGAUGAAAUAUAAUUUGAUGUCCAAGGAUAACUUGAUUGUACCAAUUUUAGAAGAGGAAGUGCAGAAUUCAGUGUCCGGGGAGAGUGAAGCAUGAAGGGGAUGGGAGAAACGCACGGCUCGCGUGUUCACAGUAAUCAUGUACUGUACGUAAUCGUGUAGACGCAUCAAUCAUGUAUCCACAGUCCAGCUUCUUUGUGUAGGGUAGGGUCUGUAAGCUGCGUUACCUUUUAAAUGGGAGAUACUUAAGUUAUUCAUGAGCUGUAUAUUCACCGGUGUGGCACUCAUGGUUUUUAAAUAAGAUUAGUAUUAUCUGUUUAUAAUGCCUGUUAAUAAAAGAAUUUACAGUUUGGUAAAAUUGCUGCUAAACAAUCAUUGGAUCACAAUCCUCAUCAAAUAAAUCUAUCUAUAAGAAAGAUGAGUGAGCUUCAGGUUUUGCACAAGCUGUUUACUAAAGUGGUGGUAAGGUUUUCCCAAGCUUAGAUAUAUUUAAGACAGUUUUGUAGUGUAUAAUUCAUCUUAACUGUUAACUAUUGCAGAAUGAGAUCAAAAUGUUUUAAAAAUUUUGUGGAUGGUUUUAUUAUGCAUAUACGCCCAAAUAUAAAUGCAAGUGAGGCAUUAGUAAUUGUUCGGUAAUCUUCCUGUGUCACAUGGAGCGUGUCCUGGGCCAGCACCCAUGGGAAGGACACCCUUCGUGCCGCAGUGGAUGAUGGGAUGCGUGGUGGUGGGGUCGUGGGCUUUGGAGGGUUCCUCUUGGAAACCGCCCUCGGCCCUCGCGCCCCUCCCCUCCCUGGACUGCUUUAGUGCAACGAGUUUCCCCAGGCUGAUGUGGCAGCAGCUCGUUCCUAUUCAUACUGUAUUAACUGCUUAGAGAUUACACCUCACCCUCACAGUCAUAACACACGUACAGGAGAGCUGUAUUGACGUGGGUACUCUCUCUUUUGGGGAAUUGUUCUAACUACUUAGAAAACAGUUCUUACCAUAGUUUGACUCUUCCUGUUAGCUAUACUAAUCUUUUCAGCUAAUCCCAGGCAGCGUUAAAUAGGGGUGAAGAAACAUUGUAGUAUUUAUUUCAUGUCCCCUUCCUCAAAGUUUUAUGCUUGAAUUAUACUCCUGUGUGAGGUUAUUUGCAAUAAUUUACAGGUUCCAGUGGUGUUGGUGAAUGUUCAUACAUCUUUUGGGCUUUGAUAUAAGUCAGUGUCUUGAAAAGAAUUCAAGUACAGGUUUACCAGUCUGAAAAAUCUGUUGGAUGAAUUUUUUGUGAACCGCACUAGAGGUCUUAUUGCUAAACCAGUUCUAAUGAGGUGUGAAGAUGGGGUAAACAAUUGUACAUGUAGUGAAGAAAAUAUUCAGAGCCGUCUCUUGACCAGAUUUAACAAACGCGGAAGAGCUUCCUUCCCACUCUAAAGCUGUAUUGAAACGAAGACAAGAAGUGCUCUCGUCCGACUGUUCCGGUUAAGGAGGUGGCUGAUGCCAGGGCUCUCGGCCUGUCCUCCUGCGGCCCUAGCCGUCCCUUAGGGAGCCGGGGUGCGUGUAGUGUCACUGCUCAUUCCCAGAACCCCCAGGCUGCGCCCAAGUUGUGCUGCCUGACCCAGGGACUCGCUCACCUGUGCUGA